AUGGAGGCUUCACCUCUUACUCGGCUGCCACAACCCGAGGUCUUCACCCCCAAGAUAAUACAGCUCUACGAAUCGCUUUUCAAGCUCGAGGAUGACGAGGAAGAAGAAGACGAAAAGUCCGAAGGCUUCUGGCAAGAGUUCUUCCUGCUGCGACCAGACCGCGCCGCGCUGCAGAGGAUGCUGAGCGACAUGGCGCCCACUGAGGUGCUGCAGCUCGAGUCGGAGACGCGACAGCUCUUCUUGAGAGCUAUAAUGGCCAUGAAGAGCGAUCGCGGGAAUGCGCGACCAAACGCUCUAGAUACGCUGAGCGUUUUCCUUUCAUGCGUCCUGGCCAAGAAAUACCCCCACCCGAGCUCCGAUAUAAUCGCUGUCCUCGCCGGACUAGACCACAUCGACCCAGUCCUCACAGACUUUGUCGGAACCCUGGACUCGAUCAUCCGGAACGGCCCAAGUCGUAAGGCUAUCCCUACCAGAUAUACAUUUGACGUCAGGCACAAGGCUGUCCAGGUACUGCUCAGCACCACCGCCGGCGCUUACCAGACCACGCUCCUCACAUAUAUGCUGCAGAGGGAUCUGUUUCCGUCAAUAAUGAAGUUCGUCCAAGAUACGGAAAAGCCGGGCUCCAUCCUGGAGCCGUUUACCCUGAUCGGCCUGCUUGCCAACUACAACAAGUUCGAGUUCCAGAAUCCGUACCAGAUGCGACUCAGCGACUUUGUCAACGAGGUGACGAUACAGAAGAUCAUCGAGUGCGUUGGGUACGCGUGCCAGGCCGUGCGCGCAGACUACAUUGACGUGCAGGAGGAUCUGCCCGAAGGCUGGACGCUGAGCAGGACGCUCAACCUGAUUGGGCUGGGCUUCUUUGCGCCGGGGCCCAAGCCGGAGAAGAAGCCCGUCUACGAUGAGGAGACGACCAAGCAGAUGUUUUCCGAGCUACCGGGACCCAACGCAGCGUUGCUUCUGGCCACGUACGACUUUGCGCACGCCAACAAGAUGUUUUGCAUCAACCUGGUGAGCAGCGGCGGCAAACCGUCGUCGUCACCGGGCCAGACGGAGGAGGCGCCGAUAUCGAGCUACCUAUCCCUGACGUCGUACUUUUUGCAGCACGCGCACCUGUCCUCGCGGGCGACGGCGUAUGCGCACCUGAAUCUGAUGGUGUUCCGGCUGCUGAUCGAGGACGCGAGCAUCUGCAAGCGCGUGUGCAGCGACGAGAGCAAGAUGAGCGUACGGCUGUGCCGGCACCGGCAGCCGUUCCUGCCGCUGGUGAGGGGGGAGCGGGUGCUGGCGACGGCGGUGCUGGACACGAUGGUGGACGGCAUCAACCACAACCUCCGGCGCCGGCUGGACGUGAGCCUGUACACGCUGUGCGUGGGCAUCAUGCUGCGCGUCAUCUCCUACCUGUCGCGGACGCGGACGCGGCUGCGGUACCACUGGUCGGAGCUGUUCCGGUCGCUGCUGUCGCUGAUCCGCUUCCUGACGCAGUACACGUCGGACCUCGAGUCCCUGACGCACAUCGAGACGCUGCUGGACCACGUCGUCAACCUGGUGGCGCUGUCGCUGUCGGCCGGCGAGGCCUUCCUGCCUACCCCGGCCGCCUACGACGACCUGUUCUACAAGGUGGUCGAGUCGGGCGACGUGCUCGCCCGCUUCAAGGACAAUUACCGCCUGGGAGACCGCCACAGCAACUCCAUCGACACCCUGCUCAACGUCUGCACGCACUACAAGCAGAUCCUCUCCGACAGCAACGGUGGUAAGAACACGGCCAGCAGCAGCAGCAGCAAAAAGGUGGCGGCCAACCUCACAACCGCCCAGGUGUCGGACGUUAUAAAACAAGGCUACGAGACGCUCAGCAUCCAGGCAAAGGAAGGCCUGGACACGUGGGAGCGCUUUCGCGAGGCGGACGACAGGAUCGUACUCAAGAAGAUGGCUAGGGCGGCCGUGGCAGAUGCACGUACCAUGGUUGAACGAUGA